AUGUUCAAGUCAACAGCCAUUCGGCGCAUGCUCCCGCGGCUAGUGGAUGAGGGCAGAACACAUAUACAGUUGCGAGAGCUGCCACGUUCAGCUCUCCUCACUGACUUGCGCAGACUAUGCAUUCGUGACCAACUUCUAGGUGUAACGGAUGUCGCCAUCGACUAUCAUCGCUUCCUCCCUACAGGACGCGCAUACCUCACUCUCGCUGAUACAAAGCACCUGUACAAGAACCUGCAAGCACUGGACAAGGCAUCCGUGGGUAGUCUACCAAUACGGGCCUUGUCAGCCCCUCCCCCACGAUCCGGCCAUGGUCAGGUGGGCAGGACAGGGACGCAACGCAAGAUUUUCUCUGGCAAUGGUCCUCAUGGCGGGAUAUCCUCCCGCAUGAAGCAUGUCGUUAUCUGGGGCUUGCCUGGAAAAAUCUCUGAAGAAGCUGUUGAAAAUUACUUGCGUGAUUUCCGACUGGACAAUGUGGACGGUAAGAAUGGGGCCGUCAAAGUCGAGCUCGCGACCAACACGUUCUCCUUAUAUUCACGACACCUGGUUCGGCCCACGUCGACUGCUGAAGCUCAUCGUCUUGUACGGCAACUACACAUGACAUAUUAUGAACCAGAACACUGGGGAAGGAGAUACCAACUGCGUGCUCGUGUCGUAUACUGA